AGCGCCAAUUGAACAGUAAGAGUCAAAAUGGUGGACUCACAAAAGCUCCCCCCGCCGAUCCUACACCAUCUAAGUUCCUCUCAAUCUCUGCGCAUACUCUGGGCUCUCGAAGAGCUAUCCCUGUCCAGCGGACUUGAAUAUAAUCUGAAAUGCUACAAACGCCAAAACGCGCGAGCACCGGCAGAGCUCAAGACAGUAUUCCCACUGGGCAGGUCACCAAUCCUGGAAGUACCAGGAACAAUCGUCACGGAAUCUCGUCUGAUUCUGCAAUUCCUAUCAGACAAGUACUCCAACGGCGAAUGGAUCCCCGAAACAGACGAAGAUAAGGAUCGUGAUACCUAUUUCCAAGAAUUUGCCAUCGCGACUUUAAAUGGAAUUUUGAAUAGUAUCUUGUACUUUCAAAUCAUCCCACCCAAUUCUCCCUGGCUGGUCCGCCCAUUGAUGUACGCAAUCUUCAACCCGAUUGUCAAGAUCUUUAGCCAAGACAUUGAUCCGCAUUUCUCGCUGAUGGAGCGCGCUCUGUCUGAUGAGAAGCCGUGGUUUUCAGGCGCCAAAAUUGGGCUUGCGGAUAUUAAUUUGUCGUGGCCGAUGGAUUCGGCGAAGCAGAGGGGCUAUUUGGAUGAGAAGAAGUAUCCGAAAUUGGCGGAUUGGUUGAGGAGGGUUCAUGAGAGGCCGGCUUAUCAAAAUGCCUUGAAGAAGGGGGGCUCUUAUGAUUUAGUUAAAUUUGAUAUGUAAAUACCAUUUGUCUGUUAAGGUUGUUUGCUUAAUACUAAAAUUGUGUUC